CCGAAACAAUAAUGGUGGUGUAGGGCUUGCCAGAUUAAAACCUUCCCCAAUCUCUCAAUUUCCCCCUUUUUCAAAGAAAGCCCUCACUGAUUCUUCCUGCUCAUCAUCCUGUUUACACUUCUUCUUUUCUUUUGAUUUAAUGGAUAAUAGCAGAUUAGAAGAACCUAUUUUCAAUCCUGUUUAAGCAUCAAGUUCUUUAAUCCCCCAAACUAAUUUGGGUUUUCGAUUCUUUUCGUGUUAGGGUGUAUACAUACAUGUUGUUGUAUCUAUAGAUUGGUGAAGUGUGUAUAUGCACAUUUGUUCGAAAACCCAUUCGAUUUUCUCUCCCCAUUAAUUCAUUCUUUCAGCUUUUUCCAUCAUCAAUUCCUAGAUCAAAGCUCAUCACCAUCAAUCAUCUAUCCCUGCUUCUCCACUGCGUGUUUAGGUGUGUGUCUGUGUGUGAGAGAGAUAUAUAUACAUACAUACAUAUACAUAUAUAUAAAAUGGGAGUAUGUGGAUCGAAGGAACAAGGGUGUGUGCGAGUUGGAUUGGGUUCUGGAAAGAAGAAACAGCAUGGAGAUCGAGGAGAUGGAGAACCGAUAUCGAGAGUUCAUGGAAGAAGAAGAAGACGAUUGGGGAGGAAGAAGACGAGUGCUGGCACUAAUCGUUAUUCAUCUCGUAGCAAAGUUGACCCUUCUGCUGAUAUCUGUAAUUCCAUGGAUCGUUCUAUUCGAAACCCUACAUUUCACGGAAGCACAGAGUGGUUUGAUACUGCAGCAGGGAUUGAGUCUGAUGGUGAUGAAGAUUUUUACAGUAUUCAAGAUGAUGUUGUAUCUCAAAGCAGUUCCAUUAGUGCAUCAGUAACUCCAAGAGUUUCCGAUCAUGUCAAUGGCGCUUCCUUCUCUACGUCUGAUUCACUAACGAAGCCGGGUGAACUACCAACUAAUGAAACCUCUGUUGGAUACGAUAAUGGAACUAACAUUUUUGGUAUACAAAACAAUUGCUUGCCGUGUCUUAAUUGCACGACCUCCACAGACGUAAAGAGCAAAUCAUCAUGUUCAAGUCCUCCAAGUGCAAAGAAGAAAGUUGCUUCAAGACUUUCCUUCAAAUGGAGGGAAGGGCAGUCCAAUCUUUCCAUAUUGUCCCCAAAAGCUAUUUUGCAAAGACCCGUUGCAGGCUCUCAAGUUCCGUAUUGUCCGAUAGAGAAGAAAAUGGCGAAUUGUUGGUCACCGCUUGAUCCAAGUACUUUUAAAGUGCGGGGACAUAAUUAUUUAAGAGAUAAAAAGAAAGAAUGUGCUUCAAAUCGUGCGGCUUUCAAUCCUAUUGGUGUUGAUGUGUUCUUAUCUUCCCGUAAGAUUGAUCAUAUUGCACGCCUUCUUGAACUUCCUAGAGUUGAAUCAUCCGGAAAAGUCCCUCCUCUACUUGUUGUAAAUCUUCAGAUACCGUUAUAUCCGCCUGCAUUAUUUCAACAUGAAUAUGAUGGAGAAGGGAUGAGUUAUGUUCUAUAUUUCAAGUUGUCCGAAAACUAUGAGGAACUUCCGCUCCAUUUUCAAGAAAAUAUCAGGAAAAUGAUCGAUGAUGAGGUGGAAAGAGUUAGAGGUUUCCCGGUAGAUACUAUUGCACCAUGCAGGGAAAGAUUAAAGAUUUUGGGGCGGUUGACAAACUUAGAGGAUCUUCAAUUGAGUUCAGCUGAAAGGAAGCUUAUGAAUGCUUACAACGAGAAACCUGUCCUCUCACGCCCCCAACAUGAAUUUUUCUUGGGAGAAAACUACUUUGAGAUUGAUUUGAACAUGCACAGAUUCAGUUACAUCUCUAGAAAAGGCUUUGAAGCAUUUCAAGAUAGAUUAAAGCAUUGUAUCUUGGAUUUCGGGCUCACCAUCCAGGGCACGAAACCUGAAGAAUUGCCGGAAUGUAUUUUAUGCUGCCUUCAAUUGAAAGAAAUCGAUUACGCCAAUUACAAACUACUUGGCCACUAAUUCUACAUCAAACCCUCUUAGAACUCGAAGGUCCAUAACCUAUCUUUUCUUGUUUAUUUCAUACGUAUACGCAUCUUGAAAUUAUAUAUGAAAUUACAUCGAGCUUUUUAGAAUACUUUCCCGAGUGUACAGCCUAUAAAACUAGAUUGUUUUCGUUUAAUUUUCUUCUAUAUAACGAAUGUAAUCUGUUAUAACGACUUGCAUCUUAUUUGGGAUUCCGUCACUUCAAGAACAUAAUAAAGAUUCGCCUUUUUGGCAUCCCGUA